AUGCUUGUAACGUUCGUGCUGGACACGAGUGCGUCGAUGAAUCAGAGCACGAGCUCAGGCAUGACGUUACUGGAUUAUGCCAAAUCAGCGAUAGAACGAUUUGUGAAACGCGUACGUGAUCCAAGUCGGCGUUAUCAGCACCACUUUAUGCUGCUCUCGUGCGGUCGCGACGGUCGAAUGAAAGCCAAGAAGAACUCGGACGGGGCUGCUCUUUAUAGCGGUCGUGUACGUGUGGGAUGGGAUCAGUCCACUAAUAAAGAGGUUUUUCUUCAAGAGCUCAAGAAUCUUCGGGCUACGGAUCUGAGCGACGUGGGCGCUGCGCUUAAACAGGCCUUUGAGCUCAUGAAUCAGAUCCGUCUGCAGUUUAAUUGGGACAGUUACGCACUUGGCCGUGCUCCGUGGAACACUAAUGUGUCCGUUUGUGUACUGCUUACAGACGCGACGACGUUGUCCAGUACAGAUGGUCUUAUUCAAGACGCACUGACUAUCGCGCCGUCCCACGCGGUGGGAGCGGAGCUCACGCGCGAACCAUUUCGAUGGGACCAGAGACUUUUUACGGUCGCUUUGAAACUCUCGGCCACUAUAAAUAGCGUCAAGGGACAACCUACAGUGCCUGCGGACUUGAUGGCGCUAAGUGAAGCUACAGGAGGAACACUUUACUUGCCCACGUCCAAAUCUGCAGUGGAGCAGAGUAUUGAUCAAAUCAUUUUAAAAGUGAAAGCAGGAGCUGUGGUGAAGUUCAAGUGUGAAACUAUGGACGGAGAAGCAGAGUUUCCGACAACGAGGAACAUUAUUGCACCCAUGCCAAGUGCAAAAGAGUUUUGCUGGCCUGUCGCGGAAGCGUUCUGGCUGGAUAGAAACACAGCUGCACUGCCGACAAGAGAGGCACAUCCGACGCUAGUGUAUUCUCGAACGGUCGAGAACGCGAUCGAGGCAGCCACGAGUCAUAUGUUGCUAGAUACGCUCAAGUUCCCGGCGGAUAGCUACAUGUUGGAGACAUCGAUUUGUCCAACUCCAAGUCGCGGACACCGAUGGCUGGUUUACAUUCAAGGCAGCAAAGGAGACGGACGAUUGGGAGAUCCUAUUGGCAUGCUUCGUGCACCUAGCUCGGGUCCUGGCAUUCAUUCUUCGAAUGCAGUGCUUGUGCUGCUGCCGUACAACUUCCCUAAGCUAUUCUCGCUUCUUGUAGAAGUCGCACGAGUGUAUCAAGCAAGCGGACAGAACAUUAAUUUGGUGUCAAGUAUGUGGAUGUUUCAGGCCAAAGCCAUGCCGUCCUCAUGGCGUGAGGCGUUUUCGUCGUAUCUUAGUGGAUGCCCAAUCUACUACUACGCUCCUUUGAAAAAGGCACUCCGCAAAUACAACUUGCAUGACAUGGUACCCGAGGUUCAGGACUCAGGAAGGAGCUACCAUAUCUCAAACUUUCUGAACCGCCUGCGAGAGCAGGCAAUUGUGGAGAGCGACAGCAACAACAAGUUGUUCUCGCGGGUAACUCGGGGCGAAAACACCAGCUUAGCGUCAGGUGCACGAAGCAGCGGCAUCCCCGAAUCGUCUCCAUCUGCGUCGCCCAUCGGAAGCAGAGAAAACAGAGCGAACCAGACUGACGCUACAUUGGAUGCUAUUGCGACGAUGUCGCUCCAAGAUUUGCGUGCCGCUUACAGAAAAAGCAAAGCGCUUUUUUUUGAAAAGCCAUCAAAGCUCCACUUUCAGGUAGCUCUUCCGCGCUCGACGGCAUCAAAAGACGAGGCGGCGCCAUUGAAGCUGGCGCCUAGUUGGCGUGCCGUGGAGGAAGACGAAAAGCAUCGCCAGCCUAUUGACGUAAUGAGUGACUACGAAUCGCGAUUGAUCAAGAAGGAGGCACUUCGCAAUCCUCUCGCUGAGGCUGAAGCGGACGAAGAUACUCCAACUGGGCUGCGACGGCGCCAAUUAUCUUUCAAUCUCGGUAACCCUUACAAAAAGAGUUCGUCCAAGGCGAGCAAUGUCUACCAAAAUGAAGCUGCAGACGAAGCAGCCGCACUGGAAGGUCAGUCUCCGAAGCGUCAGCGUACGCGCAAGCGGUCUUCUCAACUGAAGCGGGACAAAAAAUACUCAAAACGUUCUCACAGAAUGCAUGGCUCGCCGUCCUUCAAGUCAUCGCCUGGGUCGCCAUCUCACUCACCUAGCUCUCCUAUUUCGAGCAGUUCAUCGACAGUUUCGUCGCCAGGCCGAAGCGACAGUGGCGACUCGAUCAUGACCGACAGCUCGGGGUCAAACUACUCUGUAAAGGCUGAGGCUGCUCAGAUGCUGGGUAUCCCUCUUCACGACGGCGACUUCGUGGAGGACGAAAAGAGCGGAAGCUUUGUUCGAUUGGUUUAUGGUGUCUUGGCAGAAAAUUGGGAAUCGUGGAGUACUAUUAUCCGUCUUACCAAGGCGCGCUCGACAACGCAACAGGAAAAAGAGUUUGUUGUAAGUGGUCUACGUUCGAUGAAGGGUGGCCCAACAGCACGGAAAACGUAUAUUGAGCAAGCAAUUCAAUAUUCUAAGCAAUUUCGACAGAAGGCGCUGGAGCAGCAGCUGAGGCAGUUGCUGGAUGAAGUAAUGGCGUCAAAAUCUCAAGAGUCAACGCUCGAUGAAUCCAAGAGAGAAGCAGUGUAA